AUGAUGACCAACGUACACCAAAUUACUACUGACUCCUCGGAGGAAGGAAUAUCGGUGAUUACUAUCAAUCGACCUCAGAGGAAGAACGCUGUUGACUCCCUGACGGCGGAAUUGCUCUACCACGCCAUCCUCGGCUUCGAAGAUGACCCCAAACAAAAAGUAUGCGUGCUAGUCGGCGCGGGUGGUACUUUCUGCGCAGGCGCCGAUCUCCAUGGUGUUGCGCAAGCGAAUCAUGACAAGCCCGCCGCCAACCUUCAGCCUGUUGAUGGGCGUAACUUGGGCCCCAUGGGCCCCUCCAGGAUGAUGGUGAAGAAGCCAGUCAUAUGUGCUAUCUCUGGAUACGCUGUUGCCGGAGGUCUAGAGUUAAGCCUGCUCGCCGAUAUGCGUGUCGUCGAAGAAGAUGCAGUCUUUGGUGUCUUCUGUCGACGAUGGGGAGUUCCUUUGAUUGACGGAGGAACGGUCCGCCUGCAAGCCAUUGUUGGGCUUGGCCGUGCGCUGGAUAUGAUAUUGACUGGACGGCCCGUUGGAGCUCAGGAGGCAUUGGCCAUGGGCCUGGCAAGCCGAGUGGUGCCCAAAGGGGAAUCAUUGAAGGAGGCUAUCACGUUGGCGAAGCAACUGAUCGCCUUCCCUGAGCUCUGUCUGAAUACGGAUCGCCAAUCCUGCUACUACAGUGCUUACGAUGCAUCCUCAUUUGACGAUGCCAUGAAGCAGGAAUUCAAUACUGGACAAAAGGUCAUUUCAAAGGAAGCCAUUGCAGGCGCCGCCAGGUUCAGCGGAGGCUCUGGCAGACAUGGCAAGUUUGAUAACAGCAAAAUGUGA